AAAACAACCCCAUCCUUCCGUUUCUCGUUGAUGGGGGCGAGCGUUGCGUCAAAACGGGAAACGAGGAGUGGCGCGUGGAUGCGCUUAAAUAGCCCGACUUUUAGAUAUGGUGCACGAGGCUGCUCGCCGUCUGCACGUGCGCGCUUUGGUGGCACUCUGGCUCGGGACGCUUCACGGAUGCGGGAAUAGUCAAGCAGCCCCGAACCCUUCUUCACCACUGCAAAGUUCCAACUGGGGCAACCCGAGGAGAUACGUGCACCUGCGCACCAGCACCGAGUUUAACAACUUCUACCUGGAGAUCAGCCUGACUGGGCACGUGCGCAAAACGACGCACCGGGGCUCAUACAGUGUGAUGGUACUGAAAGCCGAGAGCAGGGACCAGGUCGCGAUAUUUGGAGUAAAGAGUAACCGGUUCUUGUGCAUGGACGCACAUGGGAAUCUUUUCACUUCUGCGGUUUGCCACAGAGACGACUGCCUCUUCCAUCACAAGCUCUUGGAGAACCACCGGGACGUGUACUACUCGACCCGGAGCGCAGUGCUGCUGGAUUUAGACGGCGUGAAGCAGGUGUACUCGGCGGGCCGCAAUCUGCCGCAGACGGCGCUGUUCCUGUCUGAGAGAAGCACGGUCCCGCUGGAGCGCCUGCAGCACCGCGAGCGACGCGGCCGCCAGGACGAGGCUCCCGAAGGGCAGCGCGCGCGCCCGCGCGACGCCUUCCACGCCGAGGAGUCGGACUCGCGCGCCGCCCGCGACGACGACGCGGAGUUUCCCGAAGACCGCGGCGGGGCCUCGCGCGAGACUCGCGCGUCGCCCGGCGACGACGACCCGUGGGACGCGGAGCACGUCAGGAGCCCAGGGAGUCCACGGAUGUCCGGAACGGUUGGAUGAAGUCACCAAAGCAUUCGAUCUGCAAAGUCAAAUCAUCUUCAUCAUCAUCAUCAUCCAGAGCACGCGUUGCGUUACAGAAAUACACACAAGCUGUGGUUCAGAACUGUGUGAUUGAAUCUUUUCCAUGUACUUGAAUCCAAGGGGAAGUUUCUAUUUCUUUUCUUAGUAUGUUGUGUAAAAUAUACCAAAACUUUUAAUGAGCACAGGGUCAUGUUUCUUACCUGGUGUUAAUGAAGAAGAAAGAGAUUUUCCUUUAAAAAGAAUGAUUCCAAAGUAAAAAAUAAAAACACUUUGAAUUGUUUAAUUUGUACCAGUUCAUAUAUAUAAAUUACAUUCCCUAUCUGACAAAAACUUCUACUGGUGCAGGACACCAACCUUAGACAUAAUUUGCAGUCUUCUUUAUAUAUAUAUUAAAAAAGAUUGUAUGUAUUAAUUUAUUUAAAUCAAUUGUUUUUAUUUAUAGUAUUAUUUAUAUGACUAUACAAUGCAAUGUACAUGAUUAUAUUCAUUCUGUCUCC